UCAAAAUGGCUGUUAGUCCUGACUUGAAUGGGCACUUUCGUUCUAUGGAUUCUAUUUCUAUGGAUAAUAUUUCUUUUCGCGCUGUCAGUGAAUAGCUAAAGGCCUUUCGCAAAUUUCUAAAUACAAUCGUGGGAAAUACGUUUGGAAAGCAAAUGCCUACUGCCUGAAAGAGAAGACUAAUUUGUCAGUAGAAGCUACCAUUUUUUUCCCUCAACAACGAACAGCACUGUUUUUCAAAGUAGUCAGGCUUAUCUUGAGACCAUCACCUGUACAGUGAGAAGCCUAGGCUACGCAUAUUCAUGCUAUCUAUCUUCAUCAUUGGGAAUCAGUAUGGCACACCGCUCUCAAUGUUCCUCAGCCGGGGAUAACCGCCUGGACCCCAACUACGUGCCUCCCCACUACCGCGAGGAGUACCGACUGGCCAUUGACGCACUGGUGGAGGAUGACCUGGAGGGCUAUUAUGAAUUCCUCCAGAGUGCGGAUGUGGUGGACUUCCUUUCCAGACAGGAAAUUGAGCACAUUAGGUGCACAGUGAAAGUUCCGUACCAGAGCACUCAGCCUGAGCUCCCAUAUGUGGAGUCUGGGGGAGACGGCUCUUCAGACACAUACUGGCCCGUCCACUCUGACUUGGAUGCACCCGGUCUUGACCUUGGCUGGCCCGAACAGCAGCGCUUCAUAGGCCCCACCGAUGUCACCACACUGGUUAACCCCUCUGAGCCAGAUAUGCCAAGUAUCAAGGUGCAGGCUCGUCGACUUAUCAAGAAUGCUCAACAAGUGAUCGCUGUGGUAAUGGACACCUUUACAGAUGUGGACAUCUUUGCGGAUAUUCUGGAUGCUGCCAUGCGAAAUGUUGCCGUGUAUAUCAUUCUGGAUGAACAGAAUGCACACCACUUCACUAGCAUGGCUUCCAACUGCCGGGUCAAUCUGGAAAACAUUCAAUUCAUGCGUGUCAGAACUGUGUCAGGGGUCACCUAUCACUGUCGCUCUGGGAAGACCUUCAAGGGUCAGAUGAUGGAUCGCUUCUUGCUGACAGACUGCAGGGCAGUCCUGAGUGGAAACUAUAGCUUCAUGUGGUCUUUUGAGAAGCUUCACCGUUGCAUGGCUCACCUCUUCCUUGGACAGCUUGUGACUACUUUUGAUGAGGAGUUCCGGAUCCUGUUUGCACAGUCCCAACCUUUGGUACCGGAAAAUGUCCUUGUUCCAAUGCCACACUACAUCAGUUUAUCUGACAGCCAAUACAGCAGUGAUCGGACACUAUUGUUCAGAGAUCCCAGAAAGUUCCUCCCCGUAGAGAGCUCUCGUCCUGAAGAAUGGGCUAGACAUUCCUCUGAUGACCGCAUGGAUAUGGUUCAGAAAAUGACGCCUCCUGGAAGGUGUGAGCCCAUCCACAGUUCACUAGAUCAGGGUCCACUAGAUAUGUACAGCAACAAGUACUCCUCCCAGCAAUUUAAAAUGGAGCAGCAGUCUUUUUUGGCACAAGGUCAGCCCAUGAUGCAGUCGAACGCAAUGGAGUUUGCUAGCUCUAAAAGGCACAGUUAUGCAGAGGGCACUUAUGCCAGACAUUCCUCCUCUCCAUUCAUGCAGCACCAAGCCAUUCACAGCUUUGAGGGGGAUAUGGCAACCCAGAACAGGAAGAUACAUAGGGAACAGCAUCACUAUCAGAGAACAGGGCUAGAACCAGGUUAUAGCGGCUACGAUCAAUUCAGGGACCAAGGGUACCCUCUGAUGGAUCAGUAUUCGGAGUCUGGGUACCUACAUGGACUAGCGAUAGAGCCACCAGACGACUAUGACCCUGUACUGAAUUAUUUGUCAUCAUCAAACCUUGCUGUGGAGCUGGGACAUGGCUUAAACAAAUUAUCAAGUCCAGGAGAGGGUCCCUUUAGUCAGUCAAACCCCAAAAGACUGAGCACGGGCCAGCCUCAUGCCUGUCAGACCUCCCCAACACAACAAAACCCAUUUGAACAGAAAUCAUUUUUUGUCAGGUCUGGUUCGGACUGUAAAACACAGGAUCCCAGUGCAAAGCAGGGGAUGCGAGAUUGGAGGAUCAGCUCAUACCUCAGUGCAUAUGAUGAUGCAGGAGAGGAAGACAUUCCACAGCCUAUGGGAAAUGACCCCUUUCAAGAGCCCCUUAAUCCAUCACAAGGCAAAUUAUUUACUCCACUGGUAUCAGAUCCCAGGUUUAGUGCCAAAGAGUUACCCAAGAUUCCAGGGCUCAGGUUAAACAAGCCCAUCUGCCCAGAACACUCAAGAACACUAGAAAUGCUUGUUAGCUUGGCAACAGAUGCCCGAACAACACUAACACCACCUUCGGAGUCGUCAUCAACCACUGAAGGUGACAAAUCAGAGGAGAUGGAUGUAAAAGAGCCCAAAAGAGAAGAGUCAUUCCGUAGGAGGUUCAAUCCUGCUAUCCAAAGGACCUCUAGACUAAGAUCCUCACUAAUCUUCAGCUCACAACUAGAACAGCAUAUCUCACAGGAACAGAAAUUUAACUCUGGCCAACACUGUGAGGAAACUGCCAAUGAGGAAGAUGACCAAUCUAGAUUAUCCUUGACCGCUCAGGUUUUGGGAAAAAGAAGAUCCAUGACAAGAGAACCUUUUGAAUGGAGAUUUAAGUCGGCGACAGUUGAUAAUUCAACCAUAGAGUCUUUGAAAUCUGAGGACAUCACUACUGAUUCAGGUGAUAAGGAAUUGACAAAGUAUCUUCCUGUGAGCACGGACAAGGUUUCUUCAAUGGAACAAUCCAAUCCUGCCCAUGAAGAACAAACCAAAACGGUACAAUCUGCACAUCCAUCCAAACCUGCUCAAGUUGAGAAACCCAAAACCAUACAAUCAGCACACCAGGCAUCUUCAUUGAGCAAUACAUCCUAUAUAGACAUGAAUGAUCCAGACAGUAGGUUAUUUUUUUUUAAAGAGUUGGCUGCCAAACGAAAAGCUGCAAAGGCUGCAGAGUCUGAGAGCAGCGCUGAAAAAGCUCCUGUAAAACCAGUAACUCCAUUUGACUUAAAAACUAAGGAACCAGUCACAAGGAUAGAACCUAACCUUCCAAUAGCCACACUAAAUCCAACAGAUACUUCAACCAGUAAGCCAGCUCCAUCAACAGAGGCACCUCCUAAUCCAUCAGAUACUUUCAACAAAAAACCAACAACAUCGACAGAAGCCCCACUUUAUCCAGCACAUACUUCAAUAAAAGAGACAGCUACAUCAACAGAAGCGUCAUCAGAAACACUGGAGACUUCACCAGUGUUACAGGAGAACAAAACAUCCAUGGCAAAAUGUGGCUCAUUACUUGAUGUCAAAGAACACGCUUCUAAAAAUAAAGAACAGCAAGACCUUCAACUUCCCAGAAGUGACUCCAAAACAUUCCUCAGGGAUAAGUUAUAUUGUGUCGAUGGACUACUUAGAGUCUCUACUGAUACUGAGAAGAUUGAGCUGAAGAACAGUCGGAACCAAAGAGGGUCUAAGGUUAACCCUGGAGAUACAAGUACAUUUCUUAAGAGCGCCUCAAAAGAGUGUACCUUUAACAUCGCCCCAAAGGAUUUCAGUUUAUAUAAACUAUCUCCAAAGAAACCAAAGUCAUUCAAUCCUGCUUCAAAUGAGCUAAACCCAUCUCUUCCACUCACACUAACAGAAGCUAGCUCAUCUUCAUAUCCGACACCAAAAGGUUUAAGCUCAACUAGUCUCACUUCAUCAAAAAAUGCAGCAAAGGAGUUGAGCUCAGCCCUUACACCCACCCUUAAGGAGCCCAGUUCAUCUAUCCCCAUGUCAAAGCAGCCAUUACCAUCCUCUAAACCUAUCACAGUAGAGUACAACAUACCUCUGAGCCCCUCCCAAUCUGAGCCAGGUGUGUCUCAUAAGCAGGACAAAACAGAUUCCAAGGAAUCUCUCUGCCCUACCCCAAUGCAAUCUUGCUCAUCCUCAAUCCCUGCAACAGAAUUUAUCCCUCCGCCAAUCCCAACCCAAACAGAAUCUAGUUUCUUACCCAAGUCCACCUUAGUUGGGUCCAUUUCAUCAACACCAAUGGAAUCUAACACCUCUCCCAAGCCCUCCACAAAGGAGUCAUUGUCUGCAAUUGCCACAACUGAGUUGAGGUCAUCCUCUCCUAAGACCAACCCAAUAAAAUCCUAUUCCUCCCCUUGUCCUGGCCAACAUGAGUCAGUUUUGUCACUCAAACGUUCCAAAACAGCAUGCAACUCCUCUCCAAUGCCCGCUACGGUGUCCAAUGGCUCUUACAACUCUUCACCUCCAUCUUCAAAGCAUGUCAUGGAGGAAACCAACAAGUCUCCCAUCCUCACACCAACAAAAUCUAGCUCUCCUCCCGAGCCUACCCCAACAGAAUCUAGUGCUUCUACCAAUCCAACACCAAGAGAACUCAACCCUCUUCCUCGCACCACCCCAACGAAAACAAGUGCAUCUACUGGCCCUACCCUAACAGAAUCAAGUGCAUCUUCUAACCCAACCCCAACAAAAUCACACUCCUCCCUUACAUGUGGGUCAGGUGGAUCAGUUGUGUGUCCCAAGCCUGGCCAAACAAAGUCCAGAACUUCUCCAAACGAAUCUUGUUCCUCUCCUAAUCAUACCCUAACUGAACCUACCUCGCCAUUCAACCCUGUCCUUGUGGAAUCCGUCCCAUCAAGCAACUCAAACCCAUCUGAAUCCACUGCCUGUCAUGACACUGCCCCGGCUCCACCCGUCGUUGUGGAUAACAGUAAGGAGGGCAAACCAAGUAAACUUAACAAGGAGCAAAAAGCGGGAAGUUCUGCAGCUUCUAAAGGUGAGAAGAUAGCAGGUGAUCCUGAAACUGAGAGCAAAACUGCUCCUGGAGAAUCUGCCUCCCAUGGACCGCAGAGUCCUGAUGAGACCAAAGAGAAUAACAGCACUAUGAAACCAGAGAGCACAACAGAUCAAAGCAAUCCCAUAUCACCCCCAGUGAAGCAACCUAAAGUAAGCCAGUCCCACUACCAUUCAUCUACUGCCAAUGUGCUCUCUAGCAGCAACCUAAGAGAUGACACAAAGCUUCUAUUAGAGCAGAUUUCUGCUAACAGCCAGAGCAGGACCGAACUCACUAAAGAAUCUGCUGUCACUGAUGAUGCCAAACAGGAUGAGGCUGACCGGGGUGUUAGCGGUAGGGAGGAAGCAUCAGCCCGACGACAGAUCGGAGGCCCGGUUAGAACUUCUCAGGAGAGGGAGAAGCUUCUUCAGAGAAUCGAUAGCAUGCGGAAGGGGAGGAAAGUCUACAGCCGCUUUGAGGUGGCGCCUUAACCAGGGAUCGGAAGGAUGAGUGAGUACGGAGAAAGACCAUUGCACAUUUUCCUCUAGAACUUGUCCUUUAACUAUGUCCAUUCCCAAAAAGUCUAAAACCUCAGGUCGGAGAGGGAUCACUAGCUAACCAACAUAAAUAUUAUUCUCAGGUUUCUAUAUUAGAGGGUUUCUCCGAAUGGACUAUAUGCAUGUAAAGCAUUAAGGAUUUUGGGAACAAAAACUUGACCAAGUUUACCAACAUGGAUUUCUGUGUAAAUAAGCAGAGACUACAGUGGGGACAAUGGACCACUGCUAUCUACAAAGGGGAACUGAAAAAUCCAAUCUCAUCAGCGAAAUGCACAACUAAAUGUGAAAUAUAUUUGAAAAUGAUUGUGUUCCUAGACACACUGGACGUAAUGGUAUUGUUGACUGCAAUGUAAUGUCUGUCACUCUCUGGGUUGUUGAAUUAUCAUCCGUUUGAGAAUCUGUUUUAUAUACUAACAAUCAUUUCCAAAUAAUACAAUUAGAAUCACCAUAGAAAAUGUAUUAAUCAUAAACAGUGCAAGAAUAGCCUUCAAAUAGUUGGAGCACUUUUUUCAUUUGGAAUGCUUUAUUAGAAUUAUUAAAUCAGAAUGACAGUGUGCUAGAUAAACCAAAUGUAUGCAUGAAUAAUCAUGUGUAUUUGCACAAAAAAUGUGUGUGUAUAUAUACAGUAUAUAUGUAAUACUGUGAUUUUAAUGCCACGGGACAUUAGGUCCCUUUUUUUAAAGGGGCUAUCUGUGAUUGCUACAUCCAUUUUGGACUUUUAAAUGAAUUAUACACUACCGGUCAAAUGUUUUAGAUCACCUACUCAGGGUUUUUCUUUAUUUUCACUAUUUUCUACAUUACAGAAUAAUAGUGAAGACUUCAACUGUAACGGUAGUCCUCCUCCUCUUCAUCCGAAGAGGAGGAGUAGUGAUUGAACCAAGGCGCAGCGUUGAGAAAUGACAUGAUUUAAUUAAGACACGAAAAAACAACGAAGACAGAAAACGAACUAUACUUGAAUUAACUAACAAAAUAACAAAACGAAUGUGUAGACAAACCUAGACAUACGAACUUACAAUAAAACACGAAGAACGCACGAACAGGGAAAAUAGACUACACAAAAAUGACGAUGUACAAACAAACCGAACAGUCCCGUAAUGUGCGACAAACAAAUGAAAUGAAAAACACCUGCCUCUAAUUGAGAGCCAUAUUAGGUCACCCUUUAAACCAACAUAGAAACAGAAAACAUAGACUGCCCACCCAAACUCACGCCCUGACCAACUAACACAUAAAAAACUAACAGAAAACAGGUCAGGAACGUGACAUCAACACUAUGAAAUAACACAUAAGGAAUGAUGUAGUAACCAAAAAAAGUGUUAAACAACUCAAAAUAUAUUUUAGAUCUGAGAUUAUUCAAAUAGCCACCCUUGCAUUGAUGACAGCUUUGCACACACUUGGCAUUCUCUCAAUCAGCUUCACCUGGAAUGCUUUUACAACAGUCUUGAAGGAGUUCCCACAUAUGCUGAGCACUUGUUGGCUGCUUUUCCUUCUCUCAGUCCAACUCAUCACCAACCAUCUCAAUGUGGUUGAGGUCGGGGGAUUGUGGAGGCCAGGUCAUCUGAUGCAGCAUUCCAUCACUCUCCUUCUUGGUCAAAUAGCUUUACACAGCCUGGAGGUGUGUUGGGUCAUUGUCCUGUUGAAAAACAAAUGAUAGUCCCACUAAGCCCAAACCAGAUGUGAUGGCUUAUCGCUGCAGAAUGCUGUGGUAGCCAUGCUGGUUAAGUGUGCCUUGAAUUCUAAAUAAAUCACAGACAGUGUCACCAGGAAAGCAGCCCCACACCAUAACACCUCCUCCUCCCUGCUUUACGGUGAGAAAUACACAUGCGGAGAUCAUCCGUUCACCCACACCACGUCUCACAAAGACACGGCGGUUGGAACCAAAAAUCUCCAAUUUGGACUCCAGACCAAAAGACAAAUUUCCACCGGUCUAAUGUCCAUUGCUCGUGUUUCUUGGCCCAAGCAAGUCUCUUCUUCUUAUUGGUGUCCUUUACAAGUGUUUUUUUAGCAGCAAUUCGACCAUGAAGGCCUGAUUCAUGCAUUCUCCUCUGAACAGUUGAUGUUGAGAUGUGUCUGUUACUUGAACUCUGUGAAGCAUUUAUUUGGGCUGCAAUUUCUGAGGCUGGCGACUCUAAUGAACUUAUCCUCUAGCAGAGGUAACUCUGGGUCUUCCAUUCCUGUGGCGGUCCUCAUAAGAGCCAGUUUCAUCAUAGCGCUUGAUGGUUUUUGCAACUACAAAGUUCUUGAAAUUUCCCAUAUUGACUGACCUUCAUGUCAUAAAGUAAUGAUGGACUGUUGUUUCUCUUCGCUUAUUUGCUGUUCUUGCCAUAUGGACUUGGUAUUUUACCAAAUAGGGCUAUCUUAUGUAUGCCCCUCUACCUUGUCACAACACAACGGAUUGGCUCAAAUGCAUUAAGAAGGAAAGAAAUUCCACAAAUUAACUUUUAAGAAGGCACACCUGUUAAUUGAAAUGAAUUCCGGGGGGCUAACUCAUGAAGCUGGUUGAGAGAAUGCCAAGAGUGGGCAACGCUGUCAUCAAGGCAAAGGGUGGCUAUUAAACACUUUUUUGGUUACUACAUGAUUCCAUAUGUGUUAUUUAAUAGUUUUGAUGUCUUCACUAUUAUCCUACAAUGUAGAAAUAGUAAAAAUAAAGAAAAACCCUUGAAUGAGUAGAUGUUUUAAAACUUUUGACCGGUAGUGUAAAUACAGUGGGGCAAAAAAGUAUUUAGUCAGCCACCAAUUGUGCAAGUUCUCCCACUUAAAAAGAUGAGAGAGGCCUGUAAUUUUCAUCAUAGGUACACUUGAACUAUGACAGACAAAAAAAUAAAAAUAAAUCCAGAAAAUCACAUUGUAGGAUUUUUAAUACAUUUAUUUGCAAAUUAUGGUGGAAAAUAAGUAUUUGGUCACCUACAAACGAGCAAGAUUUCUGGCUCUCACAGACCUGUAACUUCUUCUUUAAGAGGCUCCUCUGUCCUCCACUCGUUACCUGUAUUAAUGGCACCUGUUUGAACUUGUUAUCAGUAUAAAAGACACCUGUCCACAACAUCAAACAGUCACACUCCAAACUCCACUAUGGCCAAGACCAAAGAGCUGUCAAAGGACACCAGAAACAAAAUUGUAGACCUGCACCAGGCUGGGAAGACUGAAUCUGCAAUAGGUAAGCAGCUUGGUUUGAAGAAAUCAACUGUGGGAGCAAUUAUUAGGAAAUGGAAGACAUACAAGACCACUGAUAAUCUCCCUCGAUCUGGGGCUCCACGCAAGAUCUCACCCCGUGGGGUCAAAAUGAUCACAAGAACGGUGAGCAAAAAUCCAAGAACCACAUACCACUGCUGCCUUGCUUCUGAAGCUAAGCAGGGUUGGUCCUGGUCAGUCCCUGGAUGGGAGACCAGAUGCUGCUGGAAGUUUUGUUGGAGGGCCAGUAGGAGGCACUCUUUCCUCUGGUCUAAAAAAUAUCCCAAUGCCCCAGGGCAGUGAUUGGGGACACUGCCCUGUGUAGGGUGCCGUCUUUCGGAUGGGACGUUAAACGGGUGUCCUGACUCUCUGAGGUCAUUAAAGAUCCCAUGGCACUUAUCGUAAGAGUAGGGGUGUUAACCCCGGUGUCCUGGCUAAAUUCCCAAUCUGGCCCUCAAACCAUCACGGUCACCUAAUAAUCCCCAGUUUACAAUUGGCUCAUUCAUCCCCCUCCUCUCCCCUGUAACUAUUCCCCAGGUCGUUGCUGCAAAUGAGAACGUGUUCUCAGUCAACUUACCUGGUAAAAUAACGGUAAAAUAAAAAAUAAAUAAAACACGGGGGGACCUAGUGAAUGACCUGCAGAGAGCUGGGUCCAAAGUAACAAAGCCUACCAUCAGUAACAGACUACGCCGCCAGGGACUCAAAUCCGGCAGUGCCAGACGUGUCCCCCUGCUUAAGCCAGUACAUGUCUGAAGUUUGCUAGAGAGCAUUUGGAUGAUCCAGAAGAAGAUUGGGAGAAUGUCAUAUGGUCAGAUGAAACCAAAAUAGAACUUUUUGGUAAAAACUCAACUCGUCGUGUUUGGAGGACAAAGAAUGCUGAGUUGCAUCCAAAGAACACAUACCUACUGUGAAGCAUGGGGGUGGAAACAUCAUGCUUUGGGUCUGUUUUUCUGCAAAGGGACCAGGACGACUGAUCCGUGUAAAGGAAAGAAUGAAUGGGGCCUGUAUCGUGAGAUUUUGAGUGAAAACCUACUUCCAUCAGCAAGGGCAUUGAAGAUGAAACGUGGCUGGGUCUUUCAGCAUGACAAUGAUCCCAAACACACCGUCCGGGCAACGAAGGAGUGGCUUUGUAUGAAGCAUUUCAAGGUCCUGGAGUGGCCUAGCCAGUCUCCAGAUCUCAACCCCAUAGAAAAUCUUUGGAGGGAGUUGAAAGUCUGUGUUGCCCAGCAACAGCCCCAAAACAUCACUGCUCUAGAGGAGAUCUGCAUGGAGGAAUGGGCCAAAAUAUCAGCAACAGUGUGUAUGAACCUUGUGAAGACUUACAGAAAACGUUUGACCUCUGUCAUUGCCAACAAAGGGUAUAUAACAAAGUAUUGAGAUAAACUUUUGUUAUUGACCAAAUACUUAUUUUCCACCAUAAUUUGCAAAUAAAUUAAAAAAUCCUACAAUGUGAUUUUCUGGAUUUUUUUUUCUCAUUUUGUCUAUCAUAGUUGAAGUGUACCUAUGAUGAAAAUUACAGGCCUCUCAUCUUUUUAAGUGGGAGAACUUGCACAAUUGGUGGCUGACUAAAUACUUUUUUUGCCCCACUGUACUCAUUGAUUCUUGAAGAAUAUGACUUGUAAAAUGUCCCAUCAGCUUAGUUCAUUCGUCGUACCCCAUCAGAACUCAAAAUAUAAACUUGUUUUACUCAAUUGUUUGUAAAUGAUGCAAUUGUAAAAAAUUAAAUAAAUACUUUAUAGUCUCAAAA